AUGGCUCGGCUUCAGGAUGAUGGCACGAGAGUAAAAUCACCAUCAUAUCCUCUGCUCGACGAUAUAACAGGUCUGCCUUCCUUCCUUUGCCCUGCACUGAACCUAAAGAACAGCAGUAUAUAUACACAGAGAGAGCGUCAAGUUGAGGAUUGCCUUUUGGUACGUGGCGGCGGCAGCUCCUUUUUUUUCAUCCUCUCUGGCGGCGCCGCGGAGGAGCAGAGGAGGAGAUGGCGGCGGGGAACGAGUGGAUCAACGGGUACUGGAGGCGAUCCUGGACGCGGGCUGAGGCUGCGCGGCGAGCAGGGCGGCGGCGCGGGGCCGCAUCAGGCGCUGGCACUGACGCCUAGGCUGCUGCAGGCGCCGGCGCUGGCGGAGGCAGCGGCGUACAGCCCCACGCGCUACUUCGUGGAGGAGGUCGUCAGCCGCUUCGACGACCGGGACCUCCACAAGACGUGGACCAAGGUGGUGGCGAUGCGCAACAGCCAGGAGCGGAACAACCGGCUGGAGAACCUGUGCUGGAGGAUCUGGAACGUCGCCAGGAAGAAGAAGCAGGUAGAAUGGGAGUACUCGCGGCAGCUGGCACGGCGGCGGCUAGAGCAGGAGCUUGGCCGCCGGGAGGCCGCCGAGGAGCUCUCCGAAGGCGAGAAGGACCAGCGGCCCGACAGCACCCAGCCCCCUUCAUCAGCAGGGGCGGCGGCUGACGGAGACCAGCAGCAGCCGAGCCGGUUCGCGAGGAUCAGCUCCGAGGCUCGGAUCGUCUCCGACGACGAGGACGAGGCGGCCAAGGAUGAACGGAACCUCUACAUCGUCCUCAUCAGCAUACAUGGGCUCGUCCGUGGGGAGAACAUGGAGCUCGGCCGUGACUCUGACACCGGGGGCCAGGUGAAGUACGUGGUGGAGCUGGCCCGGGCGCUGGCGGCCACCGCCGGCGUGCACCGCGUCGACCUCCUCACGCGCCAGAUCUCCUGCCCGGACGUCGACUGGACCUACGGCGAGCCCGUCGAGAUGAUCACCCGCCACUCCGACGCCGACGCUGACGACGGCAGCGGCGACGGCGGGGCCUACAUCGUGCGGCUGCCGUGCGGGCCCCGCGACAAGUACCUCCCCAAGGAGUCCCUGUGGCCGCACAUCCCCGAGUUCGUGGACCGCGCGCUGGCGCACGUCACCAACGUCGCGCGCGCCCUCGGCGAGCACCUCGCCGGCAUCGACGGCACUCCGGCGCCGGUGUGGCCGUACGUGAUCCACGGGCACUACGCGGACGCGGCGGAGGCGGCGGCGCACCUGGCGAGCGCGCUGAACGUGCCGAUGGUGAUGACGGGCCACUCGCUGGGGCGGAACAAGCUGGAGCAGCUGCUCAAGCUGGGGCGCAUGACGCCGGCCGAGAUCCAGGGCACCUACCGGAUCGCGCGGCGGGUGGAGGCGGAGGAGACCGGGCUCGACGCCGCCGAGGUAGUGGUCACCAGCACCAAGCAGGAGGUCGAGGAGCAGUGGGGCCUCUACGACGGCUUCGACGUCAUGGUGGAGCGCAAGCUCCGGGUGCGCCGCCGCCGGGGCGUCAGCUGCCUCGGCCGCUACAUGCCGCGCAUGGUCGUCAUCCCGCCCGGCAUGGACUUCAGCUACGUCGACACGGGGGACCUCGCCGCCGGCGACGGCGACGGCGACCUGCAGGCGCUCAUCAGCCCCGGCAAGGCCAAGAAUCCGCUGCCCCCCAUCUGGUCUGAGGUGCUGAGGUUCUUCACGAACCCGCACAAGCCGAUGAUCCUGGCGCUGUCGCGGCCGGACCCGAAGAAGAACGUGACCACGCUGCUCAAGGCCUACGGGGAGAGCCGCCACCUCAGGGAGCUCGCAAACCUAACGCUGAUACUGGGGAACAGGGACGACAUCGAGGAGAUGUCCGGCGGCGCCGCCACCGUGCUCACCGCCGUGCUCAAGCUCAUCGACCGAUAUGACCUCUACGGCCAGGUGGCAUAUCCCAAGCACCACAACCAGACCGACGUGCCGCACAUAUACCGACUGGCUGCCAAAACAAAGGGAGUGUUCAUAAAUCCAGCCCUUGUAGAGCCAUUCGGGCUCACCCUGAUAGAGGCUGCUGCGUAUGGUCUGCCCGUGGUGGCGACCAAGAACGGCGGGCCGGUGGACAUCAUCGAGGCGCUGCACAACGGGCUGCUGGUGGACCCGCACGACGCGGCGGCGAUCACCGACGCCUUGCUGAGCCUGCUGGCCGACAAGGCGCGGUGGCUCGAGUGCCGGCGCGCCGGCCUCCGCAACAUCCACCGCUUCUCCUGGCCGCACCACUGCCGCCUCUACCUCUCCCACGUCGCCGCCAGCUGCGACCACCCGGCGCCGCACCAGCUGCUCCGCGUCCCCGCCGCCGCCGGCGCAAGCCCGCGCGCCGCCUCAGGUGACUCGCUCUCGGACUCGCUCCGCGGCCUGUCCAUCUCCAUCGACGCCUCGCACGACCUCAAGGCCUCCGGGGACUCCGCCGCGGCCAUCAUGGACGCGCUCCGCCGGCGCCGCCGCUCCAACGUGGACCGCCCGGCCGGAUCCCCCAGGGCGGCGGCCGGGUUCGCGCCGGGCCGGCGGAAGAGCCUCCUCGUCCUCGCCGCCGACUGCUACGGCGAUGACGGCGCGCCGGACGCCGAGAAGCUCGAGAAAGCCGUCGACAUGGCGCUGUCGGCGUGCGCCGCCGCCGGCGGGCGGCUCGGGUGCGUGCUGGCGACGGGCAUGACCGUCGCCGAGGCCGCGGCCGCGCUGAGGGCCUGCGGCGCCGACCCGGCCGCCUUCGACGCGCUGGUCUGCAGCAGCGGCGCGGAGCUCUGCUACCCGUGGAAGGAGGAGCUCGCGGCAGACGAGGAGUACGCCGGGCACGUGUCGUUCCGGUGGCCCGGGGGCCACGUGAGGGCCGCCGUGCCCAGGCUCGGGAAGGCCGACGGCGCGCAGGAGGCCGGCCUCGCCGUCGACGACACCGCCUGCUCCGUGCACUGCCACGCCUACGCCGCCGCCGGCGCGUCCAAGGUGAAGAAGGUGGACUCGCUCCGGCAGUCGCUGCGGAUGCGCGGGUUCCGGUGCAACCUCGUGUACACGCGCGCGUGCACGCGCCUCAACGUCAUCCCGCUCUCGGCCUCGCGCCCGCGUGCGCUCAGGUACCUGUCGAUUCAAUGGGGCAUCGACCUGUCCAAGGUGGCGGUGCUCGUCGGCGACAAGGGCGACACCGACCGGGAGCGGCUGCUCCCCGGCCUGCACAAGACGCUGGUCCUGCCGGGUCUAGUCACCCACGGCAGCGAGGAGCUGCUCCGCGACGAGGACGGAUUCUUGACGGAGGACGUCGUCGCCAUGGACUCCCCGAACAUCGUCAUCCUCGCCGGGGACCAGGCGACCGCCGCCGACAUCCUCAAGGCCAUCUGAGACGACCUCUGCUUUGCUCCAGCUACACUCUGCCGGGGUUAUUUUUGUCAGUUGAAAUUUGACAGAGUGUCUGUAAAAUUGCGUACGAGUUCGUUUUUUCUUCUAGUUUUGGUCAUAUUUCAUCUGGGGUAAGCAUAAGCUGCUUGGUGUUGAUGUGCACCAGAAAACCAUGUCAAAUGAUAUUCUCAUUGAAUGCCUUAUGUCUACGGCAAUAAGGUUUUCGCUUGUGUAAAUAUUACAAAGAAAUACAGGGAAGAUUGCCAAAUGAGAAUCGGUCCUUGGUUUACACAA